UGACGGAAGGCAAACAUGCGGAGGCUUAUAAAUAUAAUUCACUCCUCUCUUCAAUGGGCGUAUCUUCAACAUACCACAUACCUUCGAACAUAUACUACAUAGGAUGGAGCCGGACAACUCUGUUUCUCUUCGCGGCACCUACUGCCUUUCACUUCGAGAGCAAUCAAUAUGGAGAAUGCUUGAGCCAAUCUUGAGAAUGUCUCCGGGCCUAAAAGCGGGGGAGGUGAAAGAGGGGAGUGAUUUCAACUUCCGCCUGGGUAAUGAUACAGCGACACUAAGUAUCCUCCUGUUAACACCCUCAUCCAUUGAAGCGUCUGUUGCAGAAGAGACUACAUUCAGACUACGCCAAUUCUCCUCCCUCGCAGGUGGCGUCGACAAGGAAGCUGUGGUAUACCUGCUGUCCGAGGCACCGUUCCAUAGUGCAAGUGGGAGAUAUCGUCUUGAUGGGCUGGUAGCAUUGCAAGCACUGAUGAUCGAAUCCCUCCCAAACGUGCUGCCUGUCAUUCCUAUUGCAGACGCGGAUUGCUUCCUGGCCUCUGUGCAAGAAUAUAUCACCAACCUUGAGGCAAUCAAGAUUCCACGGCAACAAUGCUCUGCGAACACAAUGGGUUUUGCAAGAUCCAGGUUCUUCUCUGCUACAUCAUUUGAUGAACAGGGGGGUCAGAGCUUCAGAGGUUUCGCUGGGUAGUUGUAGGACUCAUGGAACUAUAAGUGGGAUCAGCAACUACGGCAGUAUUAUGGCAAAUAAUUACACCCCUUUAUUCUUAUUGUAAGGGGUUUGAAAGUCAGCCCAAUGCUGUUUCUUUCUUAGAUGGUGUAUUUGAUGAUGUCACGUGUGUUUCGUUGCCCAAUUGUGUAGUACCAAGUCAGGAUAGUAUCAGUAAGUUGUUGUGGUACUAAUUGGAGUAGGAGAACAUAUCAGGUUGGGAGGCGAGGAAGUUAGGUACACACGACAACCCAAAAUAUAUUUUCGGGAGUGGAUCGUAUUCGUUUAUCAGGACUAUCCCCCUAUCCAGGGGUUCUACAUUAGAAGAAAACCAAUUUCCAUCAGUACUAGCCCCUAAUCAAUGCAAUUGAUGAAAUGUGGCAGAUGUUAUGGUAAGAAAUCCGGGAUCAGCUGGAUGGUGAAGGAGGGAACUAGUUCCUAG